CUGCGGAGCUGCGGGUUGGGCUAUGCCUAACAACUCCGUGAGGUUCUAAUACCUACGCGCGGAACCGGUGUCAGCCCGCAUCCUGGCAAGGUGUGGGACCGGCAGCCGGUAGGGCAUACGCCUGCGGAAGCCCUUCCCCCUCCGGGGGGAGCAGUGGCGAUCCCGCCUCACUUCUUUCCCCUCGGGUAAAGAACAGGCAUUCCAUCCAUCACUAAGCACCCUUCCAGGGGACAGGCUGGGCAGAGCAGCCCUGCCCCCUUAGGCCGGGGAACAGUUGAGUUAUCUCCCACAUAGCUCUAACCGGACCUAGUGCUCCAGACGUGGUAACCCCCCCUCCGUGGGCUGUUCCGUCUGAUGUAUCCUCAUGAAUGGUUCCCACCUUGGCAACCCAUGACCUCCCCAGGUGGACUCCCACCUUGCGGUUAACUCCUGCAGUCCGCACAUUCCUCCCAUGAGUUCUCCCCUGAUGGUGAGACCAUGUGGUGUCUCCACUAAUUCCUCCCUACGGUAGGUAGUGGCCUCUGCAGCGUUUUUCCCCCCCAGGGGGGAAUAAUGCUUACCCAGUGGCCCGUACGGUGCCGGGCGGCUUCUCGCCAUUUAGAGAAUCAGGCCUCCGCCCGUGACGGCCGGCGUUAGGGGGCUUCCCAACUUUUUGUGGAAAGCUCUGGGUCCCCCUUCCUCUCCACUGGAAGGUCAUAAUUUCGCGCUAGCGUGUUCGUCUGACUCGCCCAGGCCAGUCAACGUCGCUCCGCAGAGAUUGUGACGCGGCUCAGUGCUGUGGCGUUUUCCAUAGGAACCCCAUUCUGUCGGUUCGACACAACGUCGAGAGACCGACAGAAAGGGAACGUCUUGGUUACGGAUGUAACCUCGGUUCCCUGAUGGAGGGAACGAGACGUUGUGUCCCUCAUGCCACAACACUGGCCGCCCACCCCAGCGGUCGGGGGAGGAUGCUUUAGGCUCCUCAGACCAAAGGUGAAUGAAUGAGCACGCCGGCUUCCCUCUUAUACCCGGACAUCCGGGGAGGAGCCCGGCAUGCAAAUUUCAUUCGCCAAUUUUCAUUGGCCUUUUCUAAAUACUCAGAAGAUGAUAGAUUCUCAAGACAAACCCCAUUCUGUCGGUUCGACACAACGUCUCGUUCCCUCCAACAGGGAACCGAGGUUACAUCCGUAACCAAGACGAUCAACUGCCAAGAAGACAGGAAGCUGUUUGUGGGGAUGCUGGGAAAGCAACAGACUGAUGAGGAUGUGAGGAAGAUUUUUGAAGUGUUUGGCACUAUAGAAGAAUGCACAGUGCUCAGAGGACCGGAUGGCACCAGCAAAGGUUGUGCGUUUGUGAAGUUCCAUAGUCAUGUGGAGGCUCAGUCUGCUGUUAACAGUCUGCAUGGGACUCGCACACUACCUGGUGCCUCCUCCAGUCUGGUGGUAAAGUUUGCAGACACAGAGAAAGAGAGAGCUUGUCGGCGCAUGCAGCAGGUGUCCUCCCAGCCGGGCAUCUUCAGUCCAAUGACGCUCAACUUAAAUGGAUACAAUGCCUACACACAAGCACUGGUUCAGCAGCAGGCAUUAAUGACACAAUCUGCCUAUUUGUCGCCGGUCGCAACUGCUGUGCAGAUGCAGCAGAUGGCAGCACUCACCGCAAACGGCAUCAUAGCCACACCCAUCACGCCAAUGACUUCUGGUACAAACACACCGCCUACUAUUGCAGCAUCACCUGUGUCUGCUCUGCCUCCACCAGUUGGAGUCAACGGUUACAGUCCUGUACCAGCAUUAGCCAAUGGACAGCCAGCAGCUGAUAUCUACAGCUAUCCCAUUCAUUCAUAUCAUGUCCAGAGUCCAGUGGCAGCGUUAGAUCCUCUCCAGCAGGCAUAUGCAGGAAUGCAGCAUUACACAGCAACAUACCCGACUGCAUAUGGCUUGAUCAGCCCACAGUUUCCUCAGCAACCUACCCUGGUCGCUCAGCAACCCCAGCAACAGCGAGAAGGUCCAGAGGGUUGCAAUAUCUUCGUUUAUCAUUUGCCUCAGGAGUUUACUGACUCAGAAAUGCUGCAGAUGUUUCUACCGUUCGGUAAUGUCAUUUCUGCCAAAGUGUUUGUGGACCGAGCCACCAAUCAGAGCAAAUGCUUCGGCUUUGUGAGUUUUGACAACCAAACGAGUGCUCAGACAGCCAUCCAGGCCAUGAACGGAUUUCAGUUUGGCAUGAAGAGGCUCAAAGUGCAGCUGAAAAGGCCAAAAGAUGCUAACAGACCCUACUGAGAAAGACAGGACGGACAUGCUGAAGACAGACUACAACUUGGCGUUUAGCUGAACAGACUGAACUGCGAACAUGAUUGUCAUCUCGGCACUUCCACAUCUGUGCAAAAAUAAAACAUUAAAGAAUAUGUACAUAAAUCACACUAAUUUAAACACAUGCACACACAAUUGCUGUCAGUGGUAUUAUCUCAGUUAAACUGAAGGCAGAAAAUGAUUGUGUGCUAAGAUUUAACCCAUAAAAUACUAUAUGCCUAUAUAGACCUUCAUAUCUGUAAAACAAUAUCACUAUUCAUACAGAACAAAGUGUAGGAGACACAGACAAUACCAUCCACAGUAAAAUAACUAUAAUCAGUUUACAUAAUUUAGCUUAAAAUAAAUGAUGUAAAAAAUAAUAGUUUACAGUCAAAUGAUGACAAUAGUUACAAUUACAAUUACUAUUACGUGUAAAACAAAAAAAUAAGAUUUCUACUUUUUCGUAAUAAAUACGAUACACUUGGAACGUGCAGGCAAGGUUUAAAAUUUACAAUUUUGUUUAUCAAUUAAUUUAUUCGUUUAAAGAUAAAACAAAACUCAAAAACUGAUUUGGGAUGUGUUUUUGUUUUUAUUUAUACAGAAACACAUUGCAGAAAUUGUAAAUCUUUAAAUGUUAAUUGUUGAAAUGGGAAUUGUAAUGAUGAUAUUUAUGUCUUAUUUAUGAAUA